AUGGGGUCUGGUUGUCAUCUAGCACCCUCCCUUUUCGGUCACCUCAGAUAUCAAGUCCGAAGGCAGUCUGCGGCUGUUUCCGAAACUAAACGUUGGCGACAUGAUCUCGUAAAGCAAUCUGCCACUGGAAAAGUCAUCCAGUCGACGGGCACCUCUGGACGACAUUCGAACACAGGUCUUGUGGCGACCGUCUUUGGGGCGACAGGAUUCCUCGGACGUUAUCUGGUGCACAAGCUAGCCAAGCAAGGCACUCAAGUGAUCGUACCUUACCGUGAUGAAGACAGCAAGCGUCAUCUACGCGUGAUGGGCGAUCUUGGCCAGAUUGUCCCGCUCGAAUUCGACCUCGAAAACGAAGGUUUUAUCCACGAAUGCGUUCGACAUUCCCAUGUUGUCUACAACCUGUUAGGCCGAGAACACGAAACCAAGAAUUACAGUUUCGAUCGACUGUUUAUUGAAGGCGCCUCGAAAAUUAGCAGAAUUGCCAAAGAGAACGGCGUCGGACGUUUGAUACACGUCUCUCAUCUCAAUGCAUCACUCAAUUCGCCUUCCAAACUCUACAAGGCGAAAGCUGCUGGUGAAGGCGUUGUGAAGGAGAUCUUUCCCGAGGCGACGAUCGUGAGACCUAGCAUAAUGUUCGGGCAAGAAGAUCGAUUCCUCAACAAGAUGGUCACCAAGCCGUUCACUUUCCAGGUCAACAGGCUUGAAACUUUGGUACGACCUGUCAGCGUUUUGGACGUAGCCGAAGCCAUGCAAUUGAUGAGCACGGCAGAGUCCACUGUAGGGAAAACGUUUGAACUUGCAGGUCCAAGGACUUACAGUCACGAGGAACUAUUCCAAGUCUUGGAGGUCUUGACACACAAAUCUCUCACCCCCUCACUCAUCAAUCUACCCCUGCCGAUCUUCAAGUUCCUCAUGAAAAUUGUCGACAAAGCAGUUUGGUGGCCAACUUUGAGCGAAGAUGAGAUUGUCAGGAGAUGUAUCGACGAUAAGCUAGAGCUCAGCGAAGGAUGCCACGGAUUUGAUUACUUUGGGAUUGAACCUGAUGCCGUUGAAAAUCUGGCAAUCACGUACUUGAGAUACUACAGAACUGCAUCUCUUUUCGACGCACCGAUCGAGAGGGGCGGUCUCAAGGUCAAGCCCAGAAACUACCAUGUUGUGCAAUGA